CCGAACCUCUGCAAUGUUCAAACCGGUCCAACCGCGGUAUCGCUAGCUGGUACACAUGUUUCAUUGUGAUUGGUCUAUGCUUCUGAAGCCCAUUCUCCAUGUGUAAAAAGGCUAACGUUAGCUAGCUACUAACUGGAGGUGGAAAGAAGCAAUCUCAGCAACGUAAACAACACUGUAAAUAAAAUUCUUGUUCAUAGGGUAGUCAACAUCACCCUUGCCUGAUUCUUUGUUUCCAGUAUCGUGAAUCGUGUGUAGGCUGUCAUACUAUCUACUCGAGGGAAUGUCAUGGAAGAGUGGGCUAACUUGCUCAACUGGCUUUGGAGAGCUGUUGAUAUCAAACUCACUCUGGACUGGGCGAGAUUUCUACAAGAUCUUGGGGGUGAGCACGUCUGCAUCCGUGAGGGACAUCAAGAAGGCUUACAGAAAGCUGGCUCUCCAGCUACACCCUGACAGAAACCCAGAUGACCCAACUGCUGCCGACAAAUUCGCAGACCUUGGGUCAGCCUAUGAGGUGCUGUCUGAUGAAGGGAAGAGGAAGCAGUAUGAUGCAUAUGGAGAGGAUGGUCUGAAAGAGGGUCACCAUGGUUCUCACAGUGAUAUUUUCUCCAGUUUCUUUGGCGACUUUGGCUUCUCGUUCGGAGGAAACCGGCAAGGACAACAGGACAGGAACAUCCCCAGAGGAAAUGACAUCGUGCUGGACCUGGAGGUCACACUCGAAGAGGUGUACUCUGGGAACUUUGUAGAGGUUGUUCGUAACAAGCCUGUAGCCAAAGAGGCCCCUGGGAAACGGAAAUGCAACUGCAGACAGGAAAUGAGGACGACGCAACUCGGACCUGGACGCUUCCAGAUGAGCCAGGAAGUAGUGUGUGAUGAGUGCCCCAAUAUAAAGCUGGUGAAUGAGGAGAGAACUCUGGAGGUAGAGAUUGAACAGGGAGUGAGAGAUGAGAUGGAGUACCCUUUCAUUGGGGAAGGUGAACCUCACAUCGAUGGAGAGCCAGGGGAUCUACGCUUCCGCAUCAAAGUUAUGAAACAUCCAGUGUUUGAGCGGCGAGGAGAUGACCUGUACACUAACGUCACCAUCUCCCUGGUGGAGGCUCUGGUUGGCUUUGAGAUGGACAUCACACACCUGGAUGGACAUAAGGUCCACAUUGUGAGGGACAAGAUCACUAAGCCUGGUGCUCGGCUGUGGAAGAAAGGAGAAGGCCUGCCCAACUUCGACAACAACAACAUCCGUGGCUCUCUCAUUGUCUCCUUCGACGUAGAGUUCCCAGAGAUACAGCUGGAUGACAAUCAGAAAGAGGGAGUGAGGGGGAUUCUGAAGCAGGCAUCGGUACAGAAGGUUUACAAUGGACUACAGGGAUACUGACACACCAACAGAUAGAAUCUGGACUGAGUUCUGUGCUACAAAACACACACGACACACAAAGGAGCAAGCACAGGGGUGUAUUUAUUUUCGGAUUGUUCUCAGGUUGGGUUGACUUGAUUUGUUUUAUUUUUUAGGGUUCAGGUGGCUUGAUGUUGUCUAUUUUAUUUUAAAGAAGUCCUUGUUAUAUUUAACAUCGACGGGUCGAAACUUCAACAUAUUUAUACUUUUAAUUUGCUUGCUCUUGUCCCCCUUUUUUACUAUCACCAUAAUGUUUUGGCCCUCAUACUUUGAAUUCCUUCUUUGCCUUUUUUAAUUCCCCUUCAAUUUCAACUACUGUCACCCAAUGUCAACCACUACCACAGACAUUUUUGAUAAUCAAAGCCCACUACCUGAUGUUAAACCUAUCACACCUGACUGGGCACUAAAAGAGGAGCUGGACUGAGGCAAAGGACUCUGAAAUCAACGGACUCUCUCAUGGACAUCAGCAAGACUGGAAUACUAUUCCCCUCCUUGUUGUUUUGAUAACACUUUAACAAAUGUAGUACUGUACUAGGGUAUUUCAUUUCAUCUUGAGUGAUUUUGAUCCCUACGACACCUUCAAUGAUUCUGUAAUUUAACUGGGUUUUCUGUCAUAUAGGUUUUCAGUAAUAUCUCGAAAACGCUUUGUAAAUAGGAAAGAACAAACUACAUUUUUUUUGCUUUUGUUGAGUUGGAUCGUAUCUUUAGAUGUAUUCUUUGUGGUGCAAUGUCUUGAGCGUUCUGUCUGCUGAAAGAAAGGCCACUGAGAAUGGACCUGUUGAGCUGCCUCGCAUAACAUCCUACCCUGAUGAUGAGGUUAUCAUGGAGACCCCCUCUUCAGCUUUACCCACCACCAUCCACACCUCUUGCUCCUCCUUUCAGCCUGUUUCUGUGUCCCAAAUGUCACCCUAUUCCCUGUAUAUUACACUACUUCUGACCGGGGUCCAUGAGGCUCUGUUCAAAAGUAGGACACUAGAUAGGGAAUAAGAUGCCAUUUCAGACACAGACCUGUGUUCUCUGGACUGCUCUUCCUGACGGAAAGGGGCUACUGUGAAAAACAGGUUGUUUUUCAGAGUGCUACAGGACAGGAGGGAGAAGUGUACUUUCAAUUGAGAGUUCAAUUAAAAGUUUAUAAAUAAUGA